CAAGAACUGAGCUACUUCCGGUUUUGUAGUGCGCCUGCGCAGUUUUACGGAAAGUAUUGUCCAACGUACGAGUUUCUGUGUAAUAUAAUUGUUUUUGCAAAGAAGGCUUGUUAUCAGGCCUUUAGCCAUGGCGGACAUUAAAAACUUUCUGUAUGUCUGGUGUGGGAAAAAGAAGAUGACGCCAAACUAUGACAUCCGAGCAGCUGGAAAUAAAAACAGGCAAAAGUUCAUGUGUGAGGUGCGUGUUGAGGGAUACAGUUAUAUCGGCAUGGGAAACUCCACCAGCAAGAAGGAUGCUCAGACCAAUGCUGCGAGAGAUUUUGUCAAUUAUCUUGUCCGGACGAAAGAGAUACAUCCCAGCGAAGUUCCCUCUUUGGGGGUCAGUGUACCUGAUGGAGGAAAUGGAGGACAAGAAGAUGGUGGGUUUGGAAAUCUUCCGUCCAGUUGUCCACUGCCUCCACAUCUAGCUGUGAAGGUUGAAGCCGGUCAAACGAAUGAUCCUCAGGGCUCUGCACCCGUCCCAGGGGUCACAGGUUUGGGAUACUCCGGCUUCAACAAUGCCCAAUGGGAGCGAGGAGCAAACCUGCAGCAGUAUUACUCAAAAAAGGAAGAACAGGACGACAAAGCGACCUUUGAAUCGGAAGAGGUCGAUCUGAAUGCCGGCCUUCAUGGGAACUGGACGCUGGAUAAUGCAAAGGCCCGUCUGAACCAGUUUUUUCAGAAAGAGAAAAACCAAACCGACUACAAGUAUAGCCAAGUGGGACCUGAUCACAACAGGAGUUUUAUUGCCGAGAUGACAAUCUUUGUAAGACAACUCGGAAGAAAGGUUAUUGCUCGUGAACACGGCUCCACCAAGAAACUGGCUGCCCAGUCAUGUGCGCUGUCUCUGGUCCGUCAGCUGUACCAUUUAGGAGUCAUUGAAGCAUACACAGGGCAGACCAAGAAAAAAGAUGGAGAAACUGUGGACGUAUACGAAGUAAACCUUGGCGACGAUCUGCCAAAUCAGCUUAUGAGGGUUGUGCAGGAACUUGGAAUCCAAAUCCCUCCGCCUCCGCAGGAUCCCAACACUCCGGUGUCUCUGAUUCAAGGGAAGUUAGCACAAUUUGAGCCAUCACAGAGGCAGAACACUGAAGGCGUGGUGCCGUGGUCUCCCCCGCAGAUCAACUGGAACCCCUGGACCAGCAGCAACAUUGAUGAAGGGCCGCUGGCAUUUUGCACACCAGAACAGAUCAACAUGGACCUGCUGAAUGAACUCAACUAUCAACUGGAGCAGGACAAGAAUCUGCAGACGAUUCUAAGUGAAAGAAGUCAGCUGCCUGUCAAGAACUUUGAGAAAGAAAUCAUGUCUGCCAUUCACAAUAACCCGGUUGUCAUCAUCCGUGGAGCCACCGGGUGCGGAAAGACCACCCAAGUCCCUCAGUACAUACUGGAUGAGUUCAUCCACAGUGGGAAUGCAUCUGACUGUAAUAUCGUCGUAACUCAGCCGAGACGCAUCAGCGCCGUGUCCGUGUCGGAACGUGUGUCCUUUGAAAGAGCAGAAGAGGUGGGGAAAAGCUGUGGGUACAGCGUGCGUUUCGAGUCUAUGCUUCCCAGACCUCACGCCAGCAUUCUCUUCUGCACUGUCGGCGUGUUGCUAAGGAAGCUGGAAUCUGGUAUCCGUGGCAUCAGUCAUGUGAUUGUGGAUGAAAUCCAUGAGAGGGACCUGAAUUCGGAUUUCUUAUUGGUGGUGUUAAGAGAUGUGAUCCAGACCUACCCUGAUGUGCGCAUCAUCCUGAUGUCCGCCACCAUUGACACCACCAUGUUUAGGGAGUAUUUCUUUAACUGUCCUGUCAUUGAGGUGCAUGGACGUGCACAUGCUGUACAAGAGUAUUUUCUGGAGGACUGCAUUCAGAUGACCCAGUUUAUACCGCCACCGAUGGAUAGGAAGAGGAAAGAUAAAGACGAGGAUGGAGGAGUAGACGAGGAGGUCAACUGUAAUGUUAUCUGUGGACCUGAAUAUUCUCCUGAAACUAAGCGGGCUAUGGCUCAGCUAAACGAGAAGGAAACUCCCUUUGAGCUGAUCGAGGCUUUGCUGAAGUACAUCGAAACGUUGAAAGUAGCCGGGGCUGUUCUGGUCUUCCUUCCAGGCUGGAAUCUCAUCUAUUCCAUGCAGAAACAUCUGGAGAUGAGCCCACACUUCGGUAGUCGUCAGUACAGAAUCCUUCCCCUUCACUCUCAAAUCCCAAGAGAGGAACAGAGGAGAGUGUUCGAGCCUGUUCCUGAUGAUGUCACUAAGGUCAUUUUGUCCACCAACAUCGCGGAGACCAGCAUCACCAUCAACGAUGUAGUCUAUGUCAUUGACUCCUGCAAGCAAAAAGUAAAGUUGUUCACCUCUCAUAACAACAUGACAAACUACGCCACCGUAUGGGCCUCCAAGACUAACCUCGAGCAGAGGAAGGGACGUGCCGGGAGAGUCAGACCUGGCUUCUGUUUUCACCUGUGCAGCAAAGCUCGCUUCGAAAAGCUAGAGACCCACAUGACUCCAGAGAUCUUCCGCACUCCACUGCAUGAGGUGGCCCUGAGCAUUAAACUGCUGAGACUGGGAGCCAUCGGCCAAUUCCUGUCCAAAGCCAUCGAGCCUCCUCCCUUGGAUGCUGUUAUUGAAGCCGAACACACACUCAGAGAGCUGGAUGCUCUGGACACCAAUGAUGAGCUGACUCCACUGGGACGCAUUCUAGCCAAACUGCCCAUUGAACCUCGUCUGGGAAAGAUGAUGAUUAUGGGAUGCAUCUUAAAUGUUGGAGAUGCUGCAUGCACCAUCUCUGCAGCAAGUUGUUUCCCCGAGCCAUUCAUCAACGAGGGAAAACGUCUCGGAUUUGUUCAUAGAAACUUCGCUGGCACACGUUUCUCUGACCACGUGGCCUUACUUUCUGUUUUCCAGGCCUGGGAUGAAGUCAGGAUGGGGGGUGAGGACGCAGAGAUCCGAUUUUGUGAACACAAGAGGCUGAACAUGCCUACGUUGAGAAUGACAUGGGAGGCCAAAGUUCAGCUGAAAGAUAUCCUUGUUAAUGAGGGCUUCCCUGAAGAGUGCCUCAUGAAUCAAAUUUUUAACAACGUGGGACCGGACAAUAACUUGGAUGUGGUCAUCUCUCUCCUAACCUUUGGCUCAUACCCCAACGUGUGUUACCACAAAGAGAAAAGGAAGAUCUUGACUACUGAGGGACGAAAUGCCCUCAUUCACAAAUCCUCCGUCAACUGUCCUUUCACCAGCCAGGACAUGAAAUACCCAUCUCCUUUCUUCGUCUUUGGGGAAAAGAUCCGAACCCGAGCUAUCUCUGCUAAAGGAAUGACUCUUGUCAGCCCUCUCCAGCUCAUUCUGUUCGGCUCGAAGAAGAUCACAUCCAAUGGAGAUAUUGUUGAGCUUGAUGAGUGGAUCAAGUUGAGGAUUCACCAUGAUGUAGCGGCUGGGGUGGUGGCGCUGAGGGCAGCUUUUGAAGCCCUGGUUGUGGAGGUGACCAAAGACCCGGAAUACAUCCGAAAAUUGGAUCCUACCAAUGAGCAUUUGCUGAAUGUCAUGAGGCUUGUGUCUAGACCCUCUUCAGCGGGUAUAAACCUCAUGGCCAAUAACCCACGCUUUGGAGAUGGUCCACGACCACCCAAGAUGGCUCGUAUGGAUUUUGGAGGCGGUGGAGGCUACGGGGGCCGUGGAGGAGGAUACAGAGGAGGAGGUGGUGGUGGUGGUGGUGGAAACUGGUCUGGGGGAGGAUACAGAGGGGGUGGAGGAUAUCAAGCUGGAAGAGGAGGUGGAGGAUAUCAGGGUGGAAGAGGAGGUGGAGGAUAUCAGGGUGGAAGAGAGGUGGAGGCUACCAGGGUGGAAGAGAAGGUGGAGGCUACCAGGGUGGAAGAGAAGGUGGAGGCUACCAGGGUGGAAGAGGAGGCUACCAGGGUGGCGGGGGCGGCUAUAGAGGGUCAGGAGGGUAUCGUGGCGGGGGUGGAUACGGGGGAGGUGGAGGGUAUGGAGGAGGUGGAGGGUUCAGAGGUGGCCGGGGUGGUAACAGGGGUGGUUAUAGAGGUGGCGUUUAAAGCUGGCUGUCUGAGCAUGAGUCCAUGGAUGUAACUUGUCUUUGGUUGCACUAAAACCAGUCGACUGUCAUAGUGGCAGCUUGCAGAUAUUUUGUGCUUAAACAUGACCAAAUGCUUUAAAAAAUGCUUAUUUGUAAGCAACAACAUUUAUGUGUAUACUUUCUUUAUUUUGUUUUGCUGAUUCUAUUAUUCUAUGUAAAGUUGUCAAUCGUGCCGUAUUUCAAUAAAAUAAUUGACACAA